AACUUGGUCAGCGGAAUGAUGCUAUUUGUGUUUCCUGUCUUACAGUAUGGGGGAGCUCCCGGAGGGCCUGCGUUUCCCGGACAAACUCAGGAUCCGCUGUACGGUUACUUUGCGGCUGUAGCUGGACAGGAUGGGCAAAUAGAUGCUGAUGAAUUGCAGAGAUGCCUGACACAGUCGGGCAUCGCUGGAGGAUACAAACCUUUUAACCUGGAGACUUGCCGGCUUAUGGUUUCAAUGCUGGAUAGAGAUAUGUCAGGCACAAUGGGCUUCAAUGAAUUUAAAGAACUCUGGGCUGUCCUGAAUGGCUGGAGACAACACUUCAUCAGUUUUGACAGCGAUCGCAGUGGAACAGUGGAUCCCCAAGAACUGCAGAAGGCCCUGACAGCCAUGGGAUUUAGGCUGAGUCCCCAGGCUGUGAAUUCAAUUGCAAAACGAUACAGCACCAAUGGAAAGAUCACCUUCGAUGACUACAUCGCCUGCUGCGUCAAGCUUCGAGCUCUGACAGACAGCUUUCGAAGACGGGAUACUGCUCAGCAAGGUGUUGUGAAUUUCCCGUAUGAUGAUUUCAUUCAGUGCGUCAUGAGCGUUUAAAUCAUGAGGAAGCUGCAUGAACAGAAUCGACAUUCCAACUGGAGUUCUCCUUUGCUCUUUGCCUUCAGUGAUGUGUGCAAACUAACACAGCCACUUUCCUUUAACAGCCGUUGUAAAGGCUUAUUACUUUAUGUACCACUGAAGUUUUUAGUUUUGAUAAUAAAUUCUUUGGAAUGUUAUUAAUAUAAGAUCUGGUCUGUUGCACUGUGUAGAACUUUCCUGAGCUCUUGUCCAUCAUGCCUUACUUUCUUGCUAAGCCUUCUUUUAUGUAAAUUUAAGUGUGCAAAUUGUUUAAGGCACAUUAUGUAUUUUUCAUUGUAAGAUACUAAAACCUCUUCUUCAGACUACAGCUGCUGUCUUCCUCUUUUAGAAGGGCUUUUUUACUAGUCUUGAAAGCUUUAGGUGUGGUGUAUUCUUAUCAUGUAAAUGGUUUAGACUACCACUUGGAUGCAAAAAAAGAAAAAACAAAAAACCUGGUAAUCCAUUCUCCUCAGUGGAAAACUUAGCACAGGAUUUAAGGCUUACAGGUAUUUUGAUGGCUGUAUGAAUGGACAUGUUUAAAAAUCUUGAGUGGCAAAAACUGUCUGUCAGCAAAUUCCUCUUUGCCAUCAUCCGUGUAGUCCUUUGUUAACUAUACUUAAAAAUCUGGUACAUUAUGAGCUUAACUAUGUAAAAAAGAAAAUUCAUAGGAAAAGACUAAAGGAAAUAUAUGAAAAUACUAACUAUGGUUAUUUUUGGCUAGUGGGAUUCUAGGUGACUAAUUCUCUUUAUGCCUUUCAGUAUCUUCUGAGUUUUCUGUAAUGUGUGUGCUUUCCUUUUAAAAUCAGAAGAUGCUAAUUUUUAAAGUAGUGUUACAUCCACUUUGAUAUGCCAUAUGUUCACACUUACAUUAAAAAAUAUAUACAGUAAAAGGACUGGAAAGAGUAUACAUGUAUGUUGAUGUGGCUUCCAGUGGAGGUCAGGAUCAUAAGUUCAUUUUCCCUUUUCCUACUGCUCUUCCAAAUAUGCUCUGAUAAGCAAGUAUUACAUUUAUAGUGGAAGACUUUUUUUUUCUUUCCAUUUUUAAGCCACGUGCUUUUAAGUAAGAUCUGUAUUCUAAUGCUGGCUAUGCCUCUUUCUAAAUAUGUGGAUCGAUUAUUUUAGAUAAUCUCAGAGCCUCAGUUUCCCCAUCCUUGAAAAGGAGGUAAUAUUUACCCCAUAGGGUGGUUCUGAAUGAGAAAGUGUGUUGGUACAAUAAGCACCAGUAAUCUUUCUGUUUCUUAAAUUUAAAGCUAGCCUGGUUUGCUCUUUUCAGCAAGAGAGCCUAACAGAUAAAACAAUGAAAUCAGUCUAGUUUCUCCCUCCCAGGAGGACACCUGUCUUAUGUUAGGGCACAGUGGGAGAGUUAUCAGAUGAUCAUUAGUUGUCAAUGAAAAAUAAAACGUUUUCUAAGCA